UCCACUGCUCUCCCUGCCGGGUCUCCUCUCUUCUCCUCCGCCUGCGCUCCGAGAGCUCGCGCUGACCGGGGAGUCCCAGCCUUCUCCCUCCCCUCCUCUCCGAGAAGGAUCUUCCCAUCUCUCGUCUCAUCCGGAUUCUGACCAGGCGCUGAGGCGGGAGGAUGGCCGCCAUCGUCACGGGGCUGAUCCCCAUCCUGCGCACCGCGGUCGAGGCCUCGACGGACUACAAGGGCCGCACGCUGUGGUUCGGCUUCCUCAGCAUCCGGCUGGUGGUGCUGUUCGUGGCCCAGCUGCCCUGGUCCAAGCUGGACACGGACUUCAGCUGCAACACCACGGGCCCCGACCUGUGCCAGCGGGCCUGCUUCAACCAGCACUUCCACCGGCCCGCGGUCAUGGCCUGGAACUUCUGCUACGUGCUGCUCAUCCUGUCCGUGCUGCUCAUGGAGCUCUUCGCCUCCCAGCUGCGCAAGUCCGCCGUCAAGAAGGCGGCGCUGUCCGAGUCGGAGGCCCAGGCGGGCCUGAUCGACGCCGAGGAGCAGAACGGGCCCAAGCGCAAAGUGAUCAUCGACUUCCACCGGCACAAGGCCUCCCUGUUGUUCUACCUGCUGUGUGUGACGCUGCGCAUGUCCAUCGAGAUCUCCUUCCUGGGCAUCCUGGUUUUCUGGAACCUGCCCACGCUGGACGAGACGCCCAUCCUCUGCAGAACCGGGCUGUGCCCUGGGACCUACGUGUGCGUCGUGAGGGCGGCGGCCGAGAAGAGGAUGUCCAUCUACGCGCUGGGCUCCAUCUCCGCCGUGGUCGUCCUCACCAGCGCCCUCUUCUUCCUCUACUCCCUGACGCACUACUUGAUUCUGGGAAGGACCAGGCCUGCAGGCGACACUGUGCCGGGAGUUUCCAUGCAGAGCUGUGCCUAGCCGCACAAAACUGGUGGCCACAUGUCCUCGGCCAUCAUUGUGCCUGCAGCUGCGCAGCUCUGACAGGUGUCAGACCUCCC